CGAGCACUAUAAUGAACGAGACUACUAUGAGUAAUAAAGUGAAUAAUAUGUGAUUUAAAAUAAAGUUAUGACCUACGUAGUUAUUUUAUUUCAUAAAAAAGGACUAGUUAAGAUUAGGUAAACUUUCUAAAUUAAAAACGGCUAACGAACAACUAUUAAAAUGAAUCCAUUAACAAAUAUGAGAAAUGUGAAAAAACUCAGUGAACAAGAAUUGACACGACUACCUAAAAGUUCAUGGCAUGAUGAAUAUAAAUCAAGUGCAUGGAUAUUUGUUGGUGGAUUACCUUAUGAUCUUUCUGAAGGCGAUAUCAUGUCUAUAUUUUCUCAAUAUGGAGAAAUUACUAACUUAAAUUUAGUACGGGAUAAAGAUACUGGCAAACAGAAAGGAUUUUGUUUUGUAUGCUAUGAAGAUCAAAGGAGUACAGUAUUAGCUGUGGAUAACUUUAAUGGUACACGUGUACUAGGUCGAAUAUUACGUGUUGAUCAUGUUAAAGAUUACAAACCACCAAAAAAUUCAGAACCUACUAACAAAAUUAAGACUGAAAAAUUUGAAAAUGAUGAUUUCCAGGUUAAAACUGAAUUUAAAACUGAAAUUAAAGAGGAAAUUUUAUCGCCACAGAUUCAAAGAACAAGAACCAUUAGCACUCCAGAAAUAAAACAAGAAGUUUGCACUCCAGAAAUAAAACGAGAAGUUUGUACUCCAGAAAUAAUUAGAAGUCCUGAUUAUAAAAAUAAUAAGGCAACUAACAAAUCUAAAGAUAAGAAACGGCACCACAGAGAUAGAUCUAAAGAAAAAGAUAAAUUGCACUAUAAAUAUCAAAGAGAAGACUCAAGAGAAAAAUAUAGAAGAAAACAUAGCAAAAGUGAACAAGAUAUGUCUUAUAAGAAAGAGAAAAAUAAUAAACGUUCUAAACACAGUCGAAGUCAAGAGAAGGAUGUUAGUAAAAAUUCUAAAACUAUAUCUUCUAAAGACUAUAGUAAUAGAGAUAAAUCAAGAGAAAGAGAUAGAAAGCAGAUAAAAGACGACAGAAAAGAAUAUAAUAACAAGGAUUAUGGUGACAAGAAUAAAAGAAAAAGUUAUAAAGAAGACGAUAAGAAUUGUAAAAAACAAAAAAAAUAUUAAAAUUCUAUGUAAAUAUAA